UUGGAUAACGGAUAUAGGGAAUGCAGGGUCCUUGGAGAACAGAUAUAGGGAAUGCAGGGUCCGGGGAGACUAGAUAUAGUGAAUGCAGGGUCCAGGGAGACCAGAUAUAGUGAAUGCAGGGUCCGGGGAGACCAGAUAUAGUGAAUGCAGGGUCUGGGGAGACUGGAUAUAGUGAAUGCAGGGUCUGGGGAGACUGGAUAUAGUGAAUGCAGGGUCUGGGGAGACUGGAUAUAGUGAAUGCAGGGGUCCUGGGAGACCAGAUAUAGUGAAUGCAGGGUCCAGGGAGACUGGAUAUAGUGAAUGCAGGGUCCAGGGAGACCAGAUAUAGUGAAUGCAGGGUCCAGGGAGACCAGAUAUAGUGAAUGCAGGGUCCAGGGAGA